CGUAGGCGUUGUUCAUAAGCUGUGAUAACAGCGUCUACAAUCCAAAGCAAAGGGCCCUUUUCUUCUGAUCGUGUGAGGAAAAAGAGCCACCAAAAAUGACAACAGCCGCGAGACCGACGUUUGAGCCAGCGAGAGGAGGGAGAGGGAAGGGAGAGGGCGAUCUCAGUGCGUUGUCCAAACAGUACUCAAGCCGAGAUCUGCCUGGUCACACUAAGAUUAAGUACAGGCAGCUCACCCAGGAUGCCCCCGAGGAGGUGCGUGCCCGGGACUUCCGCAGGGAGCUGGAGGAGAGGGAGCGUGUUGCUGUCCGGGAGAAGACUAGAGAGAGGGGACCGAGAGAACACACCACAUCCUCAUCCUCUAAGAGGCCCAGACUAGAUCAAAUCCCUGCUGCCAACCUGGAUGCAGAUGACCCUCUCACUGAUGAUGAGGAGGAGGAUGAUGACUCUGAGGAGGACAGUGAUGACGAUGACACUGCGGCUCUGCUGGCUGAAUUGGAGAAAAUCAAGAAGGAGCGGGCUGAGGAGCAGGAACGCAAGGAGCGGGAGCAGAAAGCAGAGGAGGAGAGGAUCCGCAUGGAGAACAUCCUUAGUGGGAAUCCUCUGCUCAACCUGGCUGGACAGCAGCAGCAGCAGCAGCAACAACAGAUAGUCCCCACCCCGACUGCCUUCAGCGUCAAGAGAAGGUGGGACGAUGACGUCGUGUUCAAGAACUGUGCAAAGGGAGUGGAUGAGGCACGCCGGGAGAAACGCUUUGUCAACGACACUCUGCGCUCCGAGUUCCACAAGAAAUUCAUGGAGAAAUAUGUGAAGUAGGACUUGCAGCUCUGCUAUGAAGGUGUUCCAUUUCUCUCUGCUCUGUUCCCAGUUCUAAGAGGACAAGGAGGACGUGAUAGAGAUUGGUCUGAAAACAUUGAAUGAGCCUGAAGAAUGGUGUCAUCCGUUGACAUGGAACACGCACAAAAUCCUCUGUAUAUAAAGUAAUCUAAUGCCUGACCUGAAAACAAAUUUCAACUAGUUUUGUUUCGUGUAUAAUAAUUUUCCACCCCUGAAAGGAAUGGUUGCAAUAGUGACAUCAUCAAUGUCAACUUGUUGUUAUUUAACUUUUACCUUUUUUAAGCGCCAAUGUCAAUAAACAACAACAAAAAAGAAAACCCUAUGUCUGUGAGAGGGCCUUGAUGCUUUUUUCAAUGAUUUCAGCUUUGUGCCCGGGAGUUAGAAUUCUGCAAUGACUUCCAUUAAAAGCUCGGCAGCAAGCCUUUUUUUCUGUCCUUUAAAAAAAACAAGGGCUUUUAAUUGAGGAGAUGAAGAGGAGGUUCAAGCCUUUCUGUAGAGGAUGUUAAGUCUAACUGAAGUGAAGUUUAUGUUCAAUUUAGGCUAAGAUUCAAUCAGUUCUGGAGCUAACCCAGGAUAACUGACAACUGCAUAGAAGUUGCAUUGUUAUUAUUUAGGCAAUGUCGAGGUGUAACUGCGUUGAAACUAUCAAAUCUGUGAGCGGCUGCUCUUGUCAUUGUCACGAAACCACAUCCGUCCUUAAAUCCCUCUCGCGUUAGAAGUUCAGAACGAGAAAGUGUAGGCUAUAUGGAAAUCGUGAAACAUAAUAAGGGUUGAUAUCAGCCUAAUUGAGGUGUAGAUUACAACACACAUUCCAGUGUUUGAACUUGUAACAGGCUGCGUGGGAUUUAUCCUAAUGUGACUUGUGCAUCCAAUGUCAAUGUCAACGAUAGGUAUAAUGGGAGCCACUUGCUGAUUUCACAGCUCCAACACAGUUACACACCCAACAUCGCCUAAAUAAUAAACAAUGAAACUGCUAUGCAGUUGUCAGUUAUCACGGGUUAAGGAGGAUCUGAUUGAAUCAAGCCCACGCCUGUGAGCCCAGAAUUAGGACUCUGGGGUAGACGUAACAUAAUAAAUGUAAAUCUGUCUCCAUACAUUUAGUAUAUGUUACAUACUGUAUGUAUUAAUUCAUUAAAAUUCCUAAGUGGUCCGUGAUGAGAUUCAAACACGCAACCUUUGGGUUGCUAGACGUUUGUUUUUCUACGCCCCCACCCUGACCAACCUCCCUCCUUUUUAGUUUUUGCCUCAAGUAACCUGUCUUAUGUAACUAUGUAACCAAAUGUUUAAAAAAAAUCUUUGUCCCCUUGAGCAAGGCACUUAACCGUGAUUGCUCCUGUAAGUCGCUCUGCAUAACUAAAAUGUAAAUGUAACGUGACAUACUAAUUUGAGUGUCCCGGAUUUAUAUUUGCUAUGUUAUGUCUAGUCUGAGACCAGGCUGAUAUUGUUCACCACACAGUUCAACAUUGCAGAGAAACAUGAAAAGAUUCAAAGAGAACUGUUGUCUGCUAAGCUGUUCCCACUGAAUAAUGGUCUUUUUAGAGCAAAGGUAUGGUUUCUCGCAUGUGAAUUUAAGCUUGCCAGAAAUAAUUUUGUCUCAUGGUGAAAAUGGAAAGCCUCUGUAUAUUUGUAUAUAUACUGAACAAAAAUAUAAACGCAACAUGUAAAGUGUUGGUUGCAAUGUGUAAAGUGUUAGUUUCAUGAGCUGAAAUAAAAGGUCCCAGAAAUGUUCCAUACGCACAAAAAAUGUAUUUCUCUCAAAUUUUAUGCAGAAAGUUGUUUACAUCCAUGUAAGUGAGCAUUUGUCUUUCGCCAAGAAAUCCACCUGACAGGUGUGGCAUAUCAAGAAGCUGAUUAAACAGCAUGAUCAUUAC